AUGAACACCUCAAAUCGCACAACAUCAUUCUUCCUUUUCUUCCUCGUCAUCUGCUUUAUAAUUCUUUCCACGUCAAUAACCACGACAAAAGCGGCACCAAUUCCAAAAAAAUCCAAAGACGAUGACAAUGACAAUAAUAAACAGUCACUCAUUUCAGCUAAUAUUGGUGCUGUUGGUCCUCUUGACGUGGGAGCCUCAGCCACAAUCAAUUCUGAUAACGAUGUUAAUACUAGUGGCGGUGUUUUGCUUGUCCUGUUGGUGGGAUUUAAUAGCCAUAAUGUGCAGGCUAAAUCUGCAACAGGCGAACGAGUCCUUGUCUUGUUGGACGAUGAGGCCGAUAAAGCUCUUUAUUCCCAGUUUUUCAAAACUUUAGAAGAUAGGAAAUACACGUUUUCGUAUAAAACAGCUUCCGAUCCAAAGGUAGAUUUACUUGCAUUUAAUGAACGGGCUUUCGACCAUGUUAUAAACUUUGCUCCAAAAACCAAAAACUAUGAUAACAAAGUGAAUCCGGCUGCUUUCAUCGACUUCGUUAAUAGAGGUGGCAAUAUAUUAUUAGCCGCUUCUUCAGGACUUUCUGAAACAAUUCGGGAUUUCGCGCGAGAGUUUGAUAUUGAAUUUGAUGACCGUGAUACUUCCGUUAUUGACCACUUUAACUACGACGUGUCAGAUUCAGACGGAAAGCAUACAUUACUCGUGUUGGACGACAAAAAGGGCGGAUUCACGAAUAACUCGAUGAUUUUGAGUCAAGAAACUUUAGAAGGUCCUCCUAUUUUGUACAAAGGGAUCGGACAUAAAAUAGGAACGGUUCCUUUGUUGACGAGGGUUGCGUGGAUCACCAGUAAUACAGCUUACUCAUAUGAAACGAAGGAGGACCAGAUAGCAGAUCAGGAUCCAUUUAUUCUUGGAAGUGAUAUUAGUUUAGUUUCUGCUUUGCAGGCUCGAAAUAAUGCUCGAGUCACCUUUGUCGGUAGUUUGGAACUUUUCCAGGAUAGCUCAUUAAAUUCGCCAGUUCAAAAAAUUAAUUCGAAAGAGUCACAUCCAAAAUCUGGAAACCAGGCUUUUGUUGAUGAUCUGACAAAAUGGACUUUUCAAGAAAAAGGCGUUCUUAAAGUCACAGCUCGUCGGCAUCACCUAGAAGGCGAGGAAGAACCAUUAGAAACAUAUCGCAUCAAAGAUAAUAUAGUUUAUAGUAUCGAAAUAUCGGAAUAUACGAAUGAAAAAUGGCAACCUUUUAAUGGCACGGAUGUACAAUUAGAAGUGAUAAUGCUCGAUCCUUAUAUCAGGCGUACACUUACUCCUCUAGAAAUUCAACCACAAAAUCAUCACAAUUCACGAAUAUUUGAAUCACAUUUGCAAUUACCAGAUGUGUACGGCGUGUUCACGUUCAAAGUGAAUUACAAACGCCCCGGCUACUCUUACAUAAUCGAUAUGACGACUGUAGCGGUGCGGCCGUUUAGACAUAACGAGUACCCGCGGUUUAUAUUGGCUGCGUAUCCAUAUUAUGCGGGUGCUGCGUCAAUGUCUGUCGGAUUUUUGGUGUUUUCAACGGUGUGGAUUUUUAAUAAAGAUAGAAGCGCUACAAAGGAGGAUAAAAAGAAUAAUUAA